AGUCACCAUGGCAACCGGGUGGAAACCCGGAAAUGCGCCAAAACAUUUCCAAUUUAUCUGCCACGGUCGCGCGCAGGUCCAGCUAUUUACCUGUAAUUGAGGCUAAUGGGUUCGUAACGAGGCGGUGUGCUGCAGGUGCAUUUCCAUCAGACGGCGGCGAUCAAUUUUAACCCGGUUUUGCAACCCGCUUCCCGCAUAAACAGCUUAGGGAGCGUCUGCGCCACAAUAUAGGCACCGAUCUGCUGGUUCGUGGCGGACUUUAUUUUAUAAUGUACAUAUAUGCUGGUGGUACAUUUACUAAUUGAUUGACGAGAGGAGGAGGGGUGGAAAUAACAUCCACAGAUCCGCGCUUGUCCAUUGGGCGGAAUCCUCCAGGCGCCUGUCAGUGAGCGGGUAGCGUUGGCUGAGACCAUAGGCGUGGUUUUGGACAGAGAUGCUCCGUCUGCUCCCGCUGGGAUCCCCACCUGCCCUCACGCCGAGUCUGUCACAGCGCCAGCUGGCGUCCUCCUCUGCUCCACGCACCACAACACAACACACUUCUGACUACUUUUUCAUCUGUGCCACACAGGAGACGCGCUCGUCGUGUUUUGUCCGGGCUGUGGUGUGAUUGCAGAUCAGAGGGGACUCCCGGUUCGAUCGCCCUCCCAUCCCCUCCCCAGAUCGGCGGCGAAGAAGGCGCGAAGCCCCGUUUUGGUGGAGACAGCGAGGAGCGGACGGCGGUCGCUUGGCCUCCAGGCAGCAGCAGCGGCGGCGGCGGCGGCGGCAGGGGGAAGGAAGCACGGCGGAGACCCUGGUUCAUGUGUAGGGCUGCUCGACGCGCAAGUCGUGCCCGCCGCGGUUCACCAGGAUGGAAAAAACACGCAGAAUACCCAGGAGAUCGCUCUGGCUCGGCUUACUUGUGGCGGCGGCUGUUGCACUUUCCGCGGAGGGCAAGAGAGCCAGGCAGCAGCGCUGUCCCAUGUCCUGCACAUGCACCAAAGAUAACGCGUUGUGCGAAAGCGCAGUGUCGAUUCCUCGCAGCUUUCCCCCCGAUGUCACAUCUCUAUCAUUUGUCAAGUCGGAAUUCACCGAGAUCGCUAAGGAGAGCUUUAUGCACACCCCCGCCCUGCAUCUCCUCCUGUUCACAGCAAACAACCUGGAAUCUAUCAACGAGGACGCCUUCCUUGGACUUCCCCAUCUCGAAUAUCUGUUUAUAGAAAACAACCAAAUCCAGUCGAUAUCACCGUAUGCUUUCCGGGGCCUGAAAACCCUGGUGCACCUGAGCUUGGCCAACAACAAUCUAGAGACUCUCCCCAGAGAUUUGUUCAACGGUCUGGAGGCCUUAACAAAAGUAGACUUGCGUGGGAAUCACUUCAUGUGUGACUGUAAGCUGAGGUGGUUAGUGGAGUGGAUAUACAGCACCAAUGCCACCGUGGACCAGAUCUACUGCAAAGGCCCGUCCUCACAGCUGGACAAGAAGAUCAACGGCCUGUCGCCUCAGUCCUUCGACUGCAUCACCACAGAGUUUGCGCCCUACCAGUCCCUGAAAUUUGAAUCCAUAUCGGUGGAAGCGUUUUCUUUCAGGAACGAUCAGUAUGUCGUCUUUGCCCAGCCAUUCAUGGGGAAGUGCGGCUUCCUCGAAUGGGAUCACGUCGAGAUGAACUUCAGAAACUUUGACGAUAUUGACAGUACAUCCACUGUUAUCUGCAAACCUCUAGUCAUCGACAACCAGCUGUUCAUCGUCGUGGCUCAGCUGUUCGGAGGCUCCCACAUCUACAAGCGGGACACCUCUGCCAACAAAUUCAUCAAGCUCCAGGGCAUCGACGUCCUGAAAAUCCGCAAGCCAAAUGACGUCGAGACGUUCCGCAUCGAUGGCGAGUCCUUCUUCGUCAUAGCAGAUAGCUCCAAGGCCGGCUCCACCACCAUCUACAAGUGGAACGGAAACGGCUUCUACUCCCACCAGUCCCUCCACGACUGGUACCGCGACACCGACGUGGAGUACCUGGAGAUCUCCUCCAAACCUCACCUGAUCCUGUCCAGCAGCUCCCAGAGGCCCGUCAUCUACCAGUGGAACAAAGCCACCAAGCAUUUCGACAGACGAACCGACAUCCCGGAGAUGGAGGACGUUUACGCCGUGAAGCACUUUCAGGUCAGAUCCGACCUCUACAUCUGCCUGACGCGCUUCAUCGGCGACUCCAAGGUGAUGCGCUGGGACGGGGCCCUCUUCAGAGAGUUACAGACCAUGCCUUCCCGAGGCUCCAUGGUGUUCCAGCCCUUCACUGUGGGCAGCUGGCAGUACGCCAUCCUGGGCAGCGACUACUCUUUCACCCAGGUGUACCGCUGGGAUGCCAAGAAGGGCGAGUUUGUUCGCUUCCAGGAGCUGAACAUUCAGGCGCCGAGGGCCUUUUCUCCAGUUUCCAUUGACAACCGGCAGUUUCUGCUGGCCUCCAGUUUCAAAGGGAAGACUCAGAUCUACGAGCAUUUAAUCAUUGAUCUGAGCAAUUGAGAGAUUGUUCCGUUUUUGUUUUUUAAAUCUAUUGAAUGGUUAGUUAUUUUUGUGAUCUUUUUGUGUACAAGAAGAAGUCUGUAAUAGCAGAUGGAGCGCUGAACUCAUAUUUAUGGUCCUACCUUUAGAAAUUUAUAUUCAUUUAUUUUUAAACUAUCACAAUCUCUGCAUGAUAACUUUAAAGAUAAAAAGUAUAUGUUUCUUAACCCAAAUAUUUGUCUGAGAGGCAUGCGUCUUAGGUUAAGGUUAGAUCCGACAGUUUCUCAAGUCGCUGAUGCAUGAAGGGCCAGAAGCGGGCCUUCGGUAACCCAACAAAUCUUAAAUUGGCCUUAAAUAGUUUAUAACAAUUUGUGAUCAAGCUUUUAGAAUAUUUAACAUAGUUUAUAUUGUUAUUCUCUAUGAAGUAAGGAUUUACAGAAGAUAACCAGACUUUUUAAACUGUUAACACGUUUUAACUGAACAAAUCUGCCAAAACGCAAUGUUUACAUUUUACUGUCUUUCCACUUGUACGCUACAAAAGAUUUGUAAAUGAUGCUUUUGUAAGUUUAGAGAGGGUCCAAGGCAGAUAGUUGCAUUUGUUCCAAGAUGAUUUCAUUUUGUUGUGCAUAAAAUUUAAGAAAAAUUAUAUACAGGAGCUUUCAACACAUUCCUAAUUCUUUCCUGCCACUUUAGCCCAUUCUUAAAGUUUGAUAGCAGAAGUUUACUUUGAAGUGGCCAGACUUAAAGUAUGGAGCUAAACCAACAGUACGGAAGGAUUCAUCUAUUGGCGGAUAGAUGGUUAACUGGAUGGUGGGCAAAACCGGCAUGCAGUUGAAUGCAUGGAAGGACGGUCAACUGAAUGGAUGACAAAAGGUUUGGCAAAUAGAACUGCAAAUGGACAGACGGUUGAAUAAUCAUGAGCAAACAGAUGGAAGGACAAAGGGAAUGAAUGUACUUAUAGGAUGAAUGAUGGACAGACUGAAAGAUAAAGAGACAAACGGAUGGACUUUGAAACAAUGAAACUGGUAAAAAAAAAAA